UUUAAUCCGGACAAACUUGCAAGUGGAAUGUUAAGCAUAGACAUACAACUACCCAUUGCCAGCCAUGCCAAGAUGGCAAACAAAAUACUAGCCCUAUUAUACUCACAGAUAUGGAUUCCAAGAUCAGCAACUGCUAACACAUCUGAAGUAAAGAGAGUCAAAUGGAAAAGAUACUCCCUUCCGAUCGUAAGCUCCAGUAAUACCUACUCAUCAAAAGCUAUCCCAGAUGAUAAAAAUUUACUAAAGUUAAUAAUGGAAGUUACAGAUUUACAGGCAAACCACAACA